UCAAAUCCAGAAGAGCGAGAGAAAUUAAUAAAUGCUGUCAUGCCACGUUUUGUGUAGCUUCUAGCAUUAGAUAUCCUGUAAUUCGAAAGUGUAAUUGUGCUUUUAUUUUUUGAUUUUGCUGUGAUAAAUUUGGAUCGCAUAAUCACGCGCAGCUAUGUUUCAAGAACCUUGGCUGAAGGGGGACAUGGCUGCAGUGCUUCAGGGUGGAUUCUUACUGGCAGAUAAGCUCUGUCAGGCAGGAUCACUUUCUGCUGCAAAAAAGGAAGAAUGGAGCACUGUUGGCCGUCCAGUAAUUGAUUCUAUAAAAGAGCUGCUCUGUGGACAAGUGCAAAGUGAGCAUGCAGAGGAGAUCAAUAAGAGGAAGAAGAUUCUUUGCAUCUUAUGGAGUAAGCUUUUGGAGAAAGAGAGGGAAAAGGAUGUGGAGAUAAGCUGGAAGGAAAAUGCACUAUUUUCUAUCCUUAACCAGCUCCCUGACAUCAACCGCACAGUGCUGUUUGAGGUUGUGAAAUCAAUGGACUUCUACAAAAUAUAUGUGGAGUUGCUUUUGUGUCUUCAACCUCCUGACUUAUGUCUAGAGGUGGAGCAUCUGGUCCAGUAUGUCACCACUGAUACGACUUCUGAGGAUGCCCUGCUCCUGCUGGAGGUGUGGAGGGGGCUUUGGAGGGGCAGCUGGGGAGGCACAGAGACCUUUGAUGGUGUCUUUGCAGACCAGUUUACAGAGGCACCAUCUCCAGCCCCCAAAAGAGCUAAGCUUGACCCAGAUACCUCAAGCCAAGGUGUGAUGUUCCAUCUCUUUAGUGCUGUGAGGGAAAUGAAAGAUGACAUCAAUUCGUCGGAUUUAUGCUGCUUUGCUCUCUCCAAUUGCCUUGACUCAAUAUAUACAUCAUACCUGUUGGGCCAUCAGGUGGAACGCUCUGCUCAUAAGAAACUUGAGAGGCUUUCAGUGGAGGUUGCUCUCGCAAAACAUCAUAACAAAACAGAGAGAUUUGACCUGGUUAAGGUAAUUCGCGAAGCACAGAAAGACAUCGCUGCUGUUGAGACUCCUUCAAAGGUUAAGCCAGCUGGACUCACCUUUACAAAAGCUAUGCAGACGGCUCUUUGCCUUCUACAUGUUUGGGAGGAGAAAGGAUUGCUGAAAGUGACAGAGAAAUGUGACCAAAGCAGGAAUGCACUAGGUCUGAGGAACAGCAUCCAUCGAAUGCUUCAGUCCUUGGAUCAGUGUUCUGGGCUGGAGACUGAAGAAGGAGAAAGUGGAAAUGAACUCAAGAAUGCCUUGAAAAAAAUAUCAGAGAAUAUGCUGCAAAAUGAACCAACAAAGAGGUCUCUUGAAAUGGCUUCCAUUGCUAUGGUUAUCAUUGACCAUCGUUUGGCGGGGUAUCAGCAGUUUGUCCCUUUAUUUGUUGCUGAUUUGAGCUGGUCUCUCAAUGGAAAUGAGUGGAUCAGCUGCCUUGAGAGAAAUAAAACUGCAUUUCAACAAAGGGAACUUGUCAUGAAGUUGGUUUCCAUUCUCAUUGCCAAAUGCCAAACUGACGAGGACAUUCAGCAUUGCAGAAGACUCAAAGAUCUUGUUGUUGACCUCUUCUGUGAACUCCCUACAUCAGACAAGAACAACACACUAGUUGACAUGAUCAACCUUUCUAAGAAGGGGCUGCAUGGACAUCUACCACAGGCACUAACCGUAGGAUUUAGUGAGGAGCUUAAUUUAGCAUUCAACUGCAUUAUCCAGGGAGGAGCACAAAGUAACUCUGACUUGGCUGUGUCUGCCAUUGCUCGUGUUGCCUUUCAAAACCCAGAGGCCACUUUACAUCAGUGCUGCCACCUAGCUGUGGUGAACCUGGGAGCUCACAUUCAUCUUAGCAAAAUUCUAAAGUGCCUCUCUGGACUGGGCGCUCAGCCAAGCGACAAGGAGAGUGGGAAGACUGGUGGAAGCUUGUUGUGCCGCUGUCUGCAGAAAACUGUAAAAGACAAACUGGCCUCUUCUCAGGAGCAGGAGAAUUUCCUCCAGUUCCUGGGUGCCCUGAUGGAACCCUCUGGUGACUCUGGGAGGAGUUUUGUUCCACUUCAGGAGGCAUUCCACACCUUCAUCUUUCCUUACCUUUCCUCCCCAUCGUCACACCACUACAGCCUGGAGAUGUGUUUGAAGCUGCUGCAUUCUGCUCUGGUUCUGGAACCCCAGGAUGGCUCCUCUCACUGGGUGAUGGACUGCUCCCCUUUUCCCCUUCUUUAUUGUCUGUGUCAGCUAUUGAGCGAGAGUUGCAGGUGUUGGGAGGUGACCUCAGACGCUGUACAUGUAUCCAUGGAGUCUAAAGAAGUUCUGACCUCCAUUCUGAACCGACUGGGUGAGGUGGUCGGUGAGGAAGUUGCUGCAGCACCAAGUACCUGGUCCCGAGCACUCUUCUGGCUUUAUAGUAAAGUGGAGGCACUAGAUUGGACUGUGCGUUUUCAUCUGAAAGCAUUAUGGAGAGAUCACUUUAAGAACGAGGUGCCAAGUUCACUGCUAGAAGUGUGCGACUUGCCGGAACAGGAGUGGUCUGGCAUUAAGUUGGUUCAGUAUGGGCAGGGCACAGGACUGUUGGCAUGGCUGGAGUGCUGUUCUCUAUCUGAUGCGAUUCAGAAAAUCAUGCUAGACUCCCUGUCCCUAGAUCAGCUCUCACCGGACACUGUCAGCAUGUUUAGUAAAGGCUUGCUACUGACUCUCUCACAGACCCUUCCGUGGUGCACUCUGGGCGAGUGGGCCAGGGUCAUGCGAGCAGUGAAACAUCUCCUUACCUCCGGCCGACUCCACGUGCCUUACUCUCUGGAGUACGCGGAGUUCCUGCCCCUGCUGGACCUGCGGGCGUUCGCCUGCGAGCUGCGCCUAUCGGUGCUCCUGCUGCGAGUGCUCCAGCUGCUCUGCGGUGCCAGCUGUGCUGAUUGGCUCCCUCCUCCUGGCUGGGCCCACGUGGGCCGGCUGUACGCCAGCACCAUCCGAGAGACGCUGGACGUGCUCAAGGCCAAACUCCCACCCAGCAGCUCACCCUCAAGUGACCCGAAGCCUGGGGGUGAGGUGUGCAGCCAGGAGGUGCUGUUUGUCCUGACCCAGCUGUUCUGCCACGUGAUGCACGUGCACGUGAUGAUGCCAUGCCAAUCAGAGCCACUGUUCUUGUGCGCAUUGGAAAUUCUGACGCUUUAUGAGGCGACCCUUGCCGCACACCCCAAAAGCUGCACUUCUCUUGAAGGUGAUAACACACGGCACUUUCUCAAAACCAUCACAGACAACUUGGAUAAUGAACACAUGAAAUCUAUUCUCCUGCAGAAGAUUACACAGCUUUGAUGUAAUUACAUUAAGUUUAUUUUAUGAUUUGAGGGUCAGUGUUUAUUUUCCCUUGAACAGCAGUUCCAUUCAUGUCUGUUUACUAGAUGCUUGUAGAAAUAAAUAUUAUUAAUAAAAUAUCUGUUUAAUUCAA